AUGACUAAUGCCUCUACCCCUGCCCACCCGAACACACCUCGUGCAACCGUGAGUCCCUCGACUCCUACGUCAUCUACCUCGAGCACGACUCUGACCCCAUCGACAGCGCGCACGGGAACCACGGUCCGCAGCGACUCUACCGAUCGACGAACGGUCGAAAAGCAGGAUCCCGCUUUCGACAGCCCUCGCACACCCACGCCAUCUACGCGGCUUAGCGGAAUCGCCGCAAAUGUUGCAGGGUCUCUUUCUUCUUCAGCUAGUCGUAAGGGACGAUCUGUAUCAGUCAUCGACCUCACUAGCACCCCAGGCGAUCUGUACCAAGCAUCGACCCUCACCAGCAGCCAGGGAACUCUUUUCGACCGCUUGGCGACGACGUUUGAGGCAACAGGUCCUGUGCGUGCUUCGAGCGCUCGACCUCUUCCUCGAACGGCAGAGUCGAACACCUGUGUGGCGACUCUCCCUAUGAAGGCCCCGAGGGCUGCAUCUGUCGCUGUCAAGAAUGAGGAUAACGACAUGUCUCUUCGGGUAAACAACAGGGUCUUCAUCGAGAUUAAGGACGAGGACCAGGCACCUUCCCUCGUGGGGCGUUCCUCGCCCGCGCCUGCGGUUUUGUCCUCGGUUCCAGUCCGAUCUUGCACGCCUGGCGCUCCUCCUUCUUUGGGUCCCACUCGACCGUCCACGCCAGCCGCGAUCACCGCUUCCAGCCCUACUGGACCUUCUACGCCCGCGGGCAGCCCUCUUGCUCGCGGCACCAUCCCCACCGCACCUAACCGCCUCCGUCGCGGCACACCGGGGACGCGCAUCCACUCGCGCUCGACCGCGCCUCGCCUGCCCAUCUCGAUGCGCUCCCCCACCCCCGUGCCCCCUCUCGCGGUGUUCGCAGCUCGCCGUCGAGACGGCAGCGUGAGCCCGUAUGUCAGGCCGGCUAGAUCGCUGUCGGUCCCGGCGGCACAGCAUCGCGCAUGGCCUGCGCUGGGCGGUGUGGUUGGUGUCGAUAUGCGUAGGGCGGCGCGUCAGAGGGAGCGCGCGGAUGCGGACGUGGUGAUGGACGAUUCAUUUGCCUUCUCGCCUACCGUGCGCGGGAUGGAGGCUGCGUGUGUGCCAGGCGUCGCUCGUUCCACCGGGACCACUUCGAGAGCUCGCGUGCCUGUCUCGAAUGCGCGCAGCACGGGUGCCGUCGCCGCUCUCGGGCCACAGCGUGUGUCGACCACUUCUACCCAGACUGCCCAGCCGAUUGUUACAGAAAUCUCAACGUCGUCGGACGAGGCUAGCGAGUCGGAGAGCGACCAUGACGAUGUGAUCGUCGUAGCCAGUGGUCGCUCUUCCACGCCCCCUACAAGCCAGCGCCGAGCGACCCGACGAGGCAGCGCAAGCCAGAACGACAACGACGUCCAACAACUGCCUUCGCAGAUACAUCAACGCGACUCUGCUGCCGCUGCCCAUCCCCGAACUUACCUCUCAAACGUACGCUUCGAGUACCUAGGCGACAUCGGCACAAGCGUGGGUUCCUCGGACGCCCACACUGUCCUGACCUACACGAAAGCCACCCCGGGCCUCACCAACAAGCUGAGGAAGGCAUUGCGCAGAACGCUCGAUCGGCAUUUCCCGCCCGCUCCGAUCGAGCAGCAACGCUAG